GAGUCUGGCCACCUCUAUAAAAAAAAGUAUUAAUGAAAUUGUUACACCAGAAAAUGCAAAGUGACGCUGGGUUGAAUUCCGCCAGAAGAGAAUAAGCAUAUCUAUCCAAGUUACCGUAGUAUUAUGUCAAAGUUAAGCAAAAUGGUAUGGUGGUAUACUUUUGGGACUCUAUACAGUUGGGAGGUCUCAUUAUUUUAAGCAGACAGGUAGCCAUGAUGAGUCGGGAUGAAUAUGAUCAAUACCUUUGCGACACGUAAUGAGAGAUAAUAGGACCCGAAAAUCCUCUCUUCCUGCACAAAGUUAUGAAUGAAGAAGCUUCCCAUCUCUACUUACCUCUAGCAUCGUCUAAAUUCCCAAGAAUAUGCGGAGUUUCUCAACAAGUUAUGACGUGUGUGCAUUAAAUAAAAAACGUGUUUGGUUAUCACAUGAUUACUAUAUUGUCAGUCCCAUACUCUUUAUCCCCAUCAUGCACAUAGGUCAUAUAGGCUCGUGGACCGGUAGGUUUCGUAGGUACAUUUCGUCAAGCAUCAUAUAUCACCAAAACUAGAAAAUACGCGAGCUAAUCGCGUGUUAUUCGCCACCUUUGACAUGCAUGGUUAGGUCUGGUUCGUAUGAUCUUCACAUCUGAAGAUUUUGAUCAAAACAAAAACCAGAAGACCAUACCAAGAUGCGCACACAUGUACAUGUGCAAGUAGCGUGGUGCUGAUCUGGGUGAUAAAACAAUAUGUAAGAAAUCCAACCAAUAAGAUCAUGACAAGACUUCAAUUCAAACACAGUGGGACCCACUAACUAAAUGGUCCAGACCAAGCCAAUAUCUUAUGUUUACGUUUUUGUCAGUUUGAUGCAUAUAAGCAAGUAAGACACCUUUUUUUAGCUUGUUCUUGCUUUCCCUUCAAGCAUCAAACUAAGAAGUCUAUCUUUUUAGCUUGUUCUUACCUAUAAAUCCCAUAUAAUCACAACUUAGAAGAAAAACUAACUACCAAAAAAGAUGUCGACGUUUCCGAUCGACACGAUAGUAGUAUUAGUUCAAGAGAAUCGUUCGUUUGAUCACAUGCUAGGAUGGAUGAAGACAUUGAACCCGGAAAUCAAUGGAGUAACCGGGACAGAAUUCAAUCAUAUUUCAGCAAAUGAUCUAACGUCGAGCAAGAUAUUUUUCGGCGACAAAUCGGAACAUGUAGACCCAGACCCUGGUCAUUCAAUCCAAGACAUAUACGAGCAGAUUUUUGGUAUGCAAUGGGAAGCAUCAACAGCUUCGAAAGAUAAUGUUCCGGAAAUGAAAGGGUUUGCUCAAAAUGCAGAGAGAUUAACAAAAGGGAUGUCCAGUACAGUUAUGAAUGGGUUUCAACCGGAUUCUGUACCUAUUUACAAGGAACUGGUUUCUGAGUUUGCUGUGUUUGAUCGUUGGUUUGCUUCUGUUCCGGCUUCCACUCAACCGAACCGAUUGUUCGUUCAUUCAGCCACUUCGAAUGGUGCGGAGAGAAACGAUAGAAAUAAGUUGAUUGCCGGGUUCCCUCAGAAAACAAUUUUUGAAUCACUAGAUGAAGCCGGAUUUUCGUUCGGGAUUUAUUAUCAGAAUCCACCUGCUACUCUUUUUUACAGGAACUUGAGAAAACUGAAAUAUCUUGGCAAGUUUCAUCCAUUUGAUUUGGAUUUCAAGAAACAUUGUGAAAAGGGGACGCUGCCAAACUACACAGUGAUUGAACAACGUUUUUUCGAUCUGAAAUUGUUUCCGGGCAACGAUGAUCAUCCUUCUCAUGACGUCGCAGAGGGUCAAAAAUUAAUUAAACAUGUUUACGAGACCCUCAGAGCGAGUCCACAAUGGGAGAAAAUGUUGUUUAUUAUCACAUAUGACGAACAUGGUGGAUUUUAUGAUCAUGUCCCUACUCCUACCGGAGUUCCAAGUCCUGACGGACUUGUAGGUCCUGACCCGUAUAAGUUUCAAUUUGAUCGACUUGGUGUUCGUGUUCCAACUAUCAUGAUUUCUCCAUGGAUUGAACGUGGAAUUGUUGUGCAUGGACCAUCAGGACCGGAUCCGACAUCGGAGUUUGAACAUUCAUCAAUUCCAGCAACGGUUAAGAAGAUCUUCAAUUUGAAAGAAUUUUUGACAAAGCGCGAUGCAUGGGCUGGUACUUUUGAAUCCGUCCUCUCCAGGGAUACUCCGAGAACUGAUUGCCCAGUCACAUUGUCGGAUCCACAAAAGAUACGACCACGAGAAGCAGAGGAGAACGUAAAGCUCAGUGAAUUUCAGGAGGAACUUGUACAAAUGGCUGCCACGUUGAAUGGGGACUGUUAUAAAGACACAUACCCAGACAAACUAGUCGAAAACAUGACUUGUGCAGAAGGUUGCAAGUAUGUUCAAGAUGCCUUUGAAAAAUUUCGCGAAAAUUGUGAGAAUGCAAAGAAGAAUGGAGCCGAUGAUUCUGAAAUUGUGGUACCAUUUGGCCAGCGAUCUCAAGAGCCAGCAGAGAAGAAAUCCUUUGCUAACAAGAUGGGUUCUUGCUUUGCUUGCAGUAUCAGUUAAAUGAUCUAGGGCCAUAAUGUGUAAAUCUAUCUUGCAUUUCUUUCUUAAUCAUUUGUGCAACUAACGUUUGUUUAUGCGUGUCUUUGCUCACAAUUAUUGGUAUAUUUGUUGUUUGGUGAUAAAUAUUGUGGAACCUAAAUUACUCAUUUGCAUGCCCAUUAUUUAUGUGUGCUAACGGUUCCUUUUUAAAUUAAAUCUUGGAACUCUGUUUGGGUCAUCGGUUUUUAGAAAUUUUUGGAAAAAUAUACUUAAUGCAAUAUUAGCCUAGAUUUAAUUGUUCGAUAU